CACACACACACGCACAUUGUGUACAGAACAUUGUGUACUAUAAGGUGCCUCUAACAAGACAGAGUUUGUGCUAUGGUGGAUGGACCGCCGUGUGUGUCUCUUGGAAUAAUAUGAUGUAGCCUCUAAUUUAAUUUUAAGCCAGAGAACAACAAGAGAAAGACAUGUAAGACCUGUAUUAAAAAUAUUUGCACCAUCACCAGAUGGUAUAUACACAUAUACACAUUACAGGUACAUACAUACACAAUAUCCAUAAUACAUGCUUGACUGGCAGGAGCAACAAUUGUAAGACUUAUAGAUUUAUUAGAUUAUUAUUAUAUUAGAUAUUUUGGAUUUAAAAAUUAAAAUCUAAAAUAAAUAAAUAAGAAAUCUAAAAUCUCAAAACUUUAAUCAUGAUGAUUUUAUUAGCUGAAAACCUUACACAGACCUCGUAACAGAGUGCCACAGUCCCCCAUUAGAGACGUGUGCUGUGUAGAUGAUCAGGAUUCAUCAUCAGUAUGGUGUUAUCGGGAUAAAACCUUUAAUAAAGCUAUAUUUCACAGAUAACACGGUGAUGUUUCUUUAAUGAAAUCUAGAGAUUUAUAUUUAGAUGAUAAGGAUGGAACUUUCUCAUUUCCUUUGAUAGCAACGUCCACAUCACCUGAUAAUGACAUCAGCUUCUCUUUAUUCACGCUGCCUGUUGUUGUCUAAUUAAAUGGACUGUAAAUGAACUCAGUCCAUCACUGACAGACAGACAGAACAUACCUGAGUGUGAGGUGCUUCUUAUUAACAGCAGUGAGACAGGUCGAACAGCUAAAUGAGGAAAUUGCUUCACUCAUCAGGAGCUGCAGUGUGUGAUUCUGCAGAAACAAGCAGCUCUUUGUAUUAAGGCAGUUAAAGUUCAUCUCUAUUUGUCCAUCUUUCAUAUUUCAUUUGUCAACCAAAACUGUAAUACAUUUUGCCAUAGUCAUAUGCUACAUCCAUAACCCCAGUUUGCAUUGACAAAAUGAACUCUAGUUCAGACUGUGAAGUCACAUGAAUUUUUACAUCACCUCUUCUCAUCUGACCUAAAAUAUUCCACCUGACUGCUGUCACAUUAAUUAGACUUCUAAUUUGAAUUUUCUUUCUUUCUUUCUUUCUUUCUUUCUUUCUUUCUUUCUUUCUUUCUUCUAGCAGUUAUGUUUAGCUUUAUUAUUCUUACUGUGAACAUGUUGAAGGAUCAACAGAGUCACUUUUGUUGUUGUUGAGAAAUUGAACUUUUUCUCUUUUCUGGAAAAUCGCUGCAUUCCGACGAGUAUUUGAACUGAAAAGUGUCUCGAGGACAUUGUUCGUUUGUUCACUGGGGGAUAAAAAGCACUUUUCAGUGUUCUGGCUGUCACUUUAAGGGGGGCAUUUCAGACAAAUUGCCCAGUCCCCCGUGUCUUGCUCAGACAGCUCCAGUGUGUGUGUGUGUGAGAGAGAGAGAGAGUGAGAGAUCAGGGGGUAUGAGCUGAGAAUAAAAGCGAGCUUCGUGGAGACGGAGCCAGAAGUGUCCAGUUAUUAGCAUGCUGGUCUGGUCACUGUGGCCCUGCCGGCUUUCUGCUCUAAGCAAGUCAGACUGGAGGCCUGCUGUUGGCUGACACCAUUCACAGUCCUACCGGAGAUCCAUCAACUCAAGAUGUAAACUAAACCACAGAAAAACACGAGGGAAACACCUGCAUUCAUGAGGAUGACAUGUUUCUUUGCAUCAGCAGCUUUUUACAGGCCUCAAACUUGCCUUUUCUAAAUCUUCAGCUUGGGAAGCAGACUUGGCAUAUUUCCUCGCAUCUUUCCUAAUUUGGCCAUAUCCUGGCUACUACUGUGGCUCGCAAACUGUCAAAGGAAGUCUUUCUCAGAAACAAAAGAAACACUUGAAACUUUCACGUCCCUCAGUCCUCGGCAUUCCUGACCGGAGCCUUGUCCUCCCGACAACAACAACUCGCAGCAGCUUUACGGGAUCACUGAAAUCACUGCUUUGCCUCCAAGAUGCUGAACCUCAACUCACCAGACGACAACAGCAAUAGGAACUCCCUCCAGGACCCAGUGUCAUUGAACGUGGGUGGAGAAAUUUACACCACAACCCUGGGCACUCUGACACGCUGCCGUGACUCCAUGCUAGGCGCCAUGUUCAAUGGACAAAUCCCUGUGCUUAGAGAUAACCAAGGACACGUUUUCAUAGACCGGGAUGGUAAAGUGUUCAGGUACAUUCUGAAUUACCUGCGCUCUAGCUCCCUGGACCUGCCGGAUGGCUUUUCAGAGCUGGCACUGCUGCGGAGAGAGGCCGAUUUCUUCCAGAUACGCCCCCUGCUGGAGGAGAUUCGCCACUAUGAGGCGUCAGUGCCUCUCAGCCUCAGAGGGGGGCCGCUAGGAGCUAUGAUCAUCGUGAAUGUUGAUUCAAAGGCAACAGCAAAUGGAUGUUCCCAGAGAUGUGUUUACAGUGGCUUUUCUCCGGCACACUGUGAUCUGCUACGUAGGCAUGUGAGGCACCAGGUCCGCGUUCUCCACUUUAACUUGCGCCACGGCCCAGAAAACUAUGAGCUCCGCACAUGCUCAGUGCGAGCCUUUACUGUUGACCUCUUUUGUACCUGGAGAGCUUUCCUGACUCUGCUCUGUGAGCGCUUCUCCUACAGAACAUCUCAAGGUCUCACCAGCCCUCAUCCGUGCAAUCCAAGGCAGAACAGACUGAAGCUUGAGUGGGUUCCGAGGCCCGUCGAGCUCCCGCAGGACCAGUAUGACAAGCAGCAUUACCGGGGGCUAACGGUCUCUGACCCUGAGGUCAUGCCGUCGGAUGACAUCUUGAACAUGCACCGGAGCCCCUGUGAGAUCACUAGCAUGCAGGGGUUUGUGGAGGAGCUGCUGAAGGUGUCUCUGGCUGAAGGAUUCAAGGUUGAUCUGGUGACUCCUGACUCGGCGGAAAUUCUCAACUGCACCUCAUUUCGCCUUGUCAAGUGCUGAGCUGCAGGCAAAGAACAUGAACUGAAAGCACCAGAAUGUGCCAAGUUGAUGGACUGUGGAUGGUUCUCUCUCUGCCUAAACUUAUAAUCCUUAGACUUUAAUCUGUUAUGAGUUAGGGUUAACUUUGUGUUAUAGAAAUCAAAAGGACAGGUUCUCUUGUCAUAGACUUACACCUAAACAGUCAAUAAUAGACUUAUGUCAGAUGUGGAGUAUAAAACAUUACUGGCUUCAUCCAUCCGUCAAAGUGACGGCUUUCAAAACAUCUAUGUCUGCUUACGAAAUGUUCUCUAUUGACUGUACAGGACUGUUACAAAUGGAGCUGGAAUGCAGUGUCAGUACUAUUGGGGAACAAGAAUGUGCUCCGGUCUCUCAUGGGCUGCAGGAGUGAGAUUUUGAAACCUACUUAGCAGUUUAUCUGGAUGUUGUUGCCAGAGUUUGACUACAUAUGGAGCAGGGCUCGCUUCUACUUCAUAUAGAUCCUACAAUGAGAUCUCUUAUGAGUUCCUACAUUAUGAUCUAUGUAGAAUUCUGUUCCCGUUCAACAUUUUGGGAAAUUCGCUACUGUUCUUUGCCAAAACAAAAAGCAAGAAGAUGAGAGAUGCAGCUCAAAUUAUUGUAAGCCAACAAGCUUCCUGAAAGGUCAGAGAACUCAACUGAAACAAAAACAUGAAACAAGACAUAGAAAUGCUAUAAAGGAUGUAUAGAACAAAGUGUGUGAGAUUAGUAGUAAAUAGUCUAAACCAGGGGUCUUCAACCAGGGGUCCGUGACCCCUAGGGGAUCCGCAGAGGCACUGCAGGGGGUCCGCCAAUUUUUGUCAUAAUAAUUGACAAUUUUCACCAAAAUAAUUUUUGAUAAUUAAAAAAUAUAACAAAAAUGAUAUUAGUAAACUGCAAGCAUUAAUAUGCAAUAAUAAGCUACUUUCUACAAAAACUAUUACUAUUAUACAUUAUUCCAUUAUACAUGUUCAUAAUAUACAUCAU